UCUCUGUAAGUGGGACGGUCCGAGAGCGCGCCGGAUAAAGCCUUCCGGCGGGGAGAGGCGCCGCCGCGGGCCCGGGCCGGGGCGGCGAGGAGAGCGGUGUGAGCGCCAUGGCUCUGCCCGGUGGAAACAAGGAUAACAUCAGAGCAGGAUGCAAGAAGUGUGGCUACCCUGGUCAUCUGACAUUUGAAUGUCGAAACUUCCUCCGAGUAGAUCCUCAAAGAGAUAUUGUUUUAGAUGUUAGCAGCACUAGCAGUGAAGACAGUGAGGAAGAGGAACUACAGAGAUUGCAAGCCAUGCGUGAAAAAAAGAAUGUAAAUGAGGAGGAAGAAAAAAAGAAACAAAAAAGAAAAAGCAAAGAAAAAACAAAAUUAAAGAGACCAAGAAAAAGAUCUUCCUCAUCAAGUGCAGCUGAAGAGGAUGGGCCAAAGUCAAAAAAGCAAAAAUCACACAAAAAAGAAAGGGAAAAAGAAAAAAAGAAUAAAUCUAAGAAAGGAAAACAUCAUAAAAAGGAGAAGAAGAAGAGACGAAAGGAAAAAAGUUCAUCUUCUGAUAGUUCAGACAGUUCUAGUAGUGACUGAAGUGCUGGCCUAUUUUUGCAUUCACUGCUGCAGAGAAGAUGAUUUUCCUUUCAAAUCAAGUUUAUUUAUGCUUUGCAAUGCUGUUGUUUUAAAAUAAGAUCUAUAUAUAUUUUUAAGAAAUCUAUCUGCAACUAUCCAGUGCUUCAAAUUAUUAAAUGGACCAUGUGGGAAAAAACACGCUCUUCUAUUUCAUGUUUAUCAGUACUGAACCAUGCAAGUUUUAACUGAUUCUUCACUCUUUUUCUUAGUUCAGUUGAGCUUAGUUAUGUUUGGAAUCAUUUACACUAGGAUAUGAUAAGCUUCAGUUUGCAAGUCUUUGGGUAAAAGGAUUUGGACUUUAAUACGACUAGUGUCAGAAUGGUUAAAUCAAAUUGGGAAAUUUAGGUGAGAUUUUCUAUUAUGUUAUCCUUUAAAUAAAUGUGUGCUUUGCAUAACACUCUCCUUCACAUACAUUGAUCAGUAAGUGCUAAUAUGAAAUACUGUUUGAGUCCGGAGAAGGGAAAGAAUGGGCAAUGAGAAGCUAAAAGAGAUUGUUCCUUCAAAAUUAUCUUCUAAAAUUGAUCUAGUUAUAGGCUGUGAAACACAGUUACACAUUCUUUUGGCAGGAUCAGUGUGAACAAGCUCAAAAUAAACAAAAGCUAUUGAUUUUUUGAAGACCUUUCUGCCUAGGUUUUGUUUUUUACAAUUAUGGCCAUUUCAUCUUUGACAUAAAGCACCACUUCCUAACACUAGAUGACUGUUCAGCAAGAUUGUUUACAAAGUUCCAAGAACUAUGUUAAUAUAUUAUGUGGUAAUUAAUGCCUACGUGAACUAAAACGGGAAAUUCAAAGACUGACAGUUGACAAGAAUAGUGAAGCCUCCAUUCAUUCUAACAAAACUCCCGUUGAAAAGUUAACAGAGACAUAUGCAAACCUUUUGUGGAAUAUAAGCAAUCUGUCAUGUUGAAGUCUAUAGCAAAAUUUACCUUUUUCUAUUAGGAGCUAUGUUAAACAUGUCAAAAUUUUAUAACUGGAUUUUGGGGUAUCCAGUUCAUAUCUUGUAC